AUGAAAUCAGGCCACCUCCUCCUGGGGCUCCUCACCCUCUGGGCUGACCUGACACCUGCCUCUGGGCAGCUCCGUCAAGCUAACGCCAUCUGCAAUCUCCCUGCGGAACCCGGCCCAUGUUUCACCUACAGCCGCAACUACUUCUACAACUCGGUCACCAAGACCUGUGAGGAGUUCGUUUAUGGCGGCUGUCAGGGCAAUGCAAACAGGUUUGACACUGUGUUCAGGUGCCUCAAGACCUGUGGAAGCUCAGGUGAGAUCUGCAAUCUCCCUGCGGAGCCUGGCCCGUGUCAGGCCUACAUGACCCGCUACUUCUACAACUCGGUCACCAAGAAAUGUGAGGAGUUCAGGUACGGUGGCUGCCAGGGCAACGAGAACAGGUUUGCCUCUAAAGUCGAAUGUCUCAAGACAUGUGGACAGCCUGGGGAGAUCUGCAAGCUCCCUAUGGAACCCGGCCCAUGUUUUACCUACGUGCCCAGCUACUUCUACAACUCGGUCACCAAGAGGUGCGAGGAGUUCAUUUACGGCGGCUGCCAGGGCAAUGCAAACAGGUUUCCCAAUAUGGACGAAUGUCUCAAGACCUGUGGAAGCUCAGAUGUAAAUAUCUGCCAGCUCCCUGUGCAGCCUGGCCCGUGUCAGGCCUACACGACCCAGUACUUCUACAACUCGGCCACCAAGAAGUGUGAGGAGUUCAGGUACGGUGGCUGCCAGGGCAACGAGAACAGGUUUGCCACCAAAGACGAAUGUUUCCAGACAUGUGGACGCCCAGUUCAAGAGGUCUGCAAGCUCCCUGUGGAUGCUGGCUCAUGUUUUUCCUACAUGACCCGCUACUUCUACAACUCGGUCACCGACAGCUGUGAGGAGUUUGUUUAUGGCGGCUGCGAGGGCAAUGGGAACAGGUUUGCCAGUAAAAAUGAAUGUCUCAAGGCCUGUGGCAGCCCAGAUACAAAUAUCUGCCAGUUCCCUAUGCAGCCUGGACCAAGUCAGGCCUACGUGUCCCGCUACUUCUACAACUUGGUCACCAAGACAUGUGAGAAGUUCAGGUUACGGCGGCUGCCAGGGCAAUUGGAACAGGUUUGCCACCAAAGAUGAAUGUCUUGAGACCUGUGUGCGACCUGUUAAUGCCGUUUGCAAACUCCCUGUGGACUCUGGCUCAUGCUUUUCCUACGAGACCCGCUACUUCUACGACUCGCUCACC